UAAGCAAAGCAGAUAUUUCUUUAUAUCUGCUAUAUAAUAUAAGUCAUCCUUUACAACGAGAAUUUCAGAAUGAGAAUGUCUCAUAACAACAUCUCAUCAAGCAUCCAAAUAAUAAUAACAUGCAUUCUUUUACACUCUCCUACAAUCUUCAUUACAAGUAAUUAAAGUGGUGCCAGUAGUAAUUCUGUUUAACUCCGCAUUGCUUAUUAUCCAACUACUUCCUUACAUUCAAUCUAACCUACCAAUCCAAACAACCAACUACUAAGAACUUGUUCUAGUUUCUGUAAAAGGAAACACAAUGUCAUCAUCUUCAUCUUCAUCGUCGUCAAUGCCAGUGUAUCAACAACAGCCUCCUCCGUUUACAGUGACACAACCAUCCUACCAUGGUGCAUCACAACAUGACUCCAUUGGUCCUCUCAUUGGAGUUCUCGUAGUGAUAAUUGUGUUGGGUAUAAUUGCAGUAAUGAUUGGAAGGCUAUGCUCAGGAAGAAGAAUCAUGGGUCAUGGCCAAUAUGAUAUAGAAAGCUGGGCAGAGAAAAAAUGUUCUACUUGUAUUGAUGGCAGAAUUAACCAUUCAAUACCUAUGAGAGUAAAUGAAACUAGCACCACUUCACUUCCUGCAACACCUAUCAAUACUCAGCAAGAAACUAGACAAGAAGAACAAUCUUCUCAGAACUCUCCACCUAACACUUGAUUUAGUUUCUUUGUGCUACUUGAAGUAUGGCUAGUUUUUGUGUUACUCGAAGCAUGGCUGAUGUCUGAUACAAGUCAAUGUCCAACGUUGAUACGGCACUGAUUCAUAUAGUUACAUUCAAUGAAUUCAUCUUCCGAAAUUAUUAUCUGUGUCAACGGGUUUGUGUCAAUGAUUCUCAGCCAGUAACAAAAUCAUAUCUCAUUUUUGUAUUUUGCUACUAUGUUAUUUGUUUUCUUUUUAUUUUCCUAAUCUAAUUGAAUCAUCCUUAUGAAGUUAUCAUCAAAGUCUAGUUUGGCCUA